AAACAUUCAAGUUCAAUUCAAAGUUAAAAUUCAAAUAAAUAAUAAUAAGAAAUAUUAGUUUUUAUUUUAUUGUGAUAAGACGAUUUGAUUGUUAUUUCAUUUAAGCAAUAUUAUUAAUCCAUAGCUGAAAAGUUAAUUUUACAGGCAGAAAAAUGAGUUCAGAUAAAUGCGGAAGAGUGACUUUAACAUCAUGUCUAGAUGGUUGUGUAAAAGAUCCCGAAAAUCCUAAUAAGAAAGUUCAAAUUCAAAAAUUUACGUGGAAAAAUAGUAACAAUGUUUCAGUUGAAGUUAUGAACUUUGGUGCAACCAUUACAAAAAUUUUAGUACCAGAUAAGUUUGGUAAUGUAGUUGACAUUGUUCAAGGUUUCGACAGUUUAGCCGGAUAUGAACAUAAAGAUAAUCCAUAUCAUGGAGCUACAAUGGGACGAGUUGCAAAUCGAAUUAGGGAUGGUAAAUUUCAAAUCAACGGUGAGACUUACAAUGUAUCCGUGAAUGUUCAAUCUUUUCACCUGCAUGGAGGUUUUGUAGGAUUUAAUAAGGUUAUAUGGAAACCGUACAUGGAGGGAUCUCGAUUAGUUUUAUCCUAUUUAUCAAAACAUGGUGAGGAAGGAUUUCCUGGUGAUGUUUUAGUUACUAUUCAAAUGGAAUUAAUGGAUACAAACGAAUUUGUGGUUAAUCAUUCUGCAGUAUCAAGUCUCCCAACGCCAAUAAACAUAGCAAAUCAUACAUACUUCAAUUUAGCGGGACAUGAUGCUGGACCUACUGAAUUGAUGAAGCAUCGGGUUACAAUAAAUUCGUAUCAAAUCUUAGAAACCGAUGAAUUAAAUAUACCUACUGGACGUAUUAAGGAUGUUAGUAAUACAGUUUACGAUUUACAAGCUCCAACAGCUAUUGGAUGUUCUUUGACUAAAUUAAGGAACACUUUAUGGGGUGGUUUUGAUAAUUGCUAUGUUAUACGAGGAUAUGAUCCAAAAAAGAAAGAUGAACUAACACCAAAAUUUGUGGCAAGUGUAAUUCAUCCACCCUCUGGACGAGUUUUGGAAGUAUAUUCUGAUCAACCAGGUGUUCAGUUUUAUUCAGCGAAUAAUUUACAAAAAGAUGAAAAUCUUUGUGAUAAGGAUUUAGCAGGUAAACAUCAUGGACCAUACGUACAAUAUAGUUCUUUCUGUUUAGAAACGGAGAACUUUCCAAAUGCCUGUAAUAUUAAAGGAAAAGGUAAAUCGGAGAACAAAGAAGGAAAUGAAUUGAUUGAAACAAGUGCGCCAAUUGGACUACAAGUGCCAUGUGUCCCAUGCAAACCCCCAGAUAUAUACAUUCGAGAAGAUGGAUUCGGUAUGUAUGUUCCAGCUACAGCUCGUGGUCAAAUACCAAUUCGAUUAUUCACAUGGUACAACCGUAAUCGUAUUACUGUAUCAGUUAUGAAUUAUGGUGCAACAAUUGUAAAAAUUAUGGCGCCUAAUCGAAAAGGAGUACCAGAAGAUAUUGUGAUGGGCUUUGAUACUUUCGAUGGUUAUCUUGAUACGAACAACCCAGGAUUUGGGGCAAUAAUUGGUCGUGUAUGUAAUAAAAUACGAGAAGGGCAGUUUGUAUUAGAUGGAAAAGUCAUAGAUGUGUCAAAAAAUUAUCAGAAUAAGCAUUUCAUCAAUGGUGGCCAAUGUGGUUUCGAUAAGGUUGUUUGGACGUCAAGAAUGGAAGGUGCAAAAGUAAUUAUGACUCAUUUGUCACAAGAAGAUGAUCAAGGUUUUCCUGGAGCAGUGUUAGUCACUGUUACCUUUGAAUUAACAGCGGAUAACAAGUUUAUUAUUGAUAUGCAAGCGACUUCCACUAAGCCAACACCAAUUAAUUUAACUAGCAAUAAUUAUUUUAAUUUAGCUGGCCAUCAAUCUGGAAUUGGUGCUUUAAAAAGUCACGUUGCAUUAAUCAAUGCUGACAGUUAUAUAAUAAAAGAUAACAGCGGUUUCCCAACUGGACAAAUUCGUACUGUAUCCAAUAAAAUUGUUGACUUGCAAAUACCAAAAUGUCUAAGUGUGGUAAUGCCACAUGUACCUGGUGAAACGUUCGAUCAUGAUUAUUGUUUAAAUCGUGGUAUUGAUCAACAUUUAACAUUUGCUGCACGAUUUGUUCACAAAGAAUCAGGGCGAGUAUUAGAAAUGUAUACAAAUCAACCUAGUGUAUAUUUUUCAACAUGUGGUGACCUGCCAUCUCCCUCUCCGUUGUUAAUGUAUAAAACACCAACACCGAACAUGAUUUGUUGUGGGAUGCAAGGAGCAGUUCCAUGUUCAAAGAUGGGUUACGAAUGUACCGGCGGCUUAACUUGUGAACCAGUUGGAUUAGAUGUUACUUGUUGUACUAUUGAUAAAACUCCUUGUGCUAAGCUAGGAUAUGAAUGUAAUUAUGGUGAACCUUGUGAGCCUUGUAUAAUGGCAAAUGCGAAUACCCCGUGUUGUGAAGGUGGAGUAUAUCCAUGUCCUAAGAUGGGUUUUGAAUGUAACAAAGGUAAACCGUGUGGUGGUACAGCAUAUGAAUAUAACUUGAAAAGUGGGCCAAUUAAAGGGAAAAACAACCAUUACUAUCAUAAAAAUGGUGCAUUUUGUAUAAAUAGUCAAAACUAUCCAGACGCUGUAAAUCACAGUAAUUUUCCCAAUUCCGUAAUGAAAUCUGGACAAACUUACCAACAUACUAUUGUUUAUAAAUUUUGGUUAAUGCGUAAUCCUUAA